CUUAAUAAUUUGAUACUGGUGUCCAGAUUUGAGAGUCUUGGCUCCCUUUUCAAGGUCAGACAUUCUCACAGGUAUGAGGAAUCUCUCAAUGGUGACCGAGUUUAUUCUGCUGGGCAUCCCACACACAGAGGGUCUGGAGACCAUGCUAUUUGCCCUGUUUCUGUCCUUCUACAUCUUCACACUUAUAGGCAACCUGCUCAUACUUCUGGCAAUCAUCUCCUCCACUCAACUUCACACUCCCAUGUACUUCUUCUUAUGCAAAUUGUCCAUUUUUGACAUUUUUUUCCCUUCUGUGAGUUCUCCCAAGAUGCUAUUCUACCUCUCAGGGAACAGCCGAGCCAUCUCCUAUGCAGGAUGUGUGUCCCAGCUCUUUUUCUACCAUUUCCUGGGGUGCACUGAGUGUUUCCUGUAUACAGUGAUGGCGUUUGACCGCUUUGUUGCCAUCUGUCACCCUCUACGCUACACAAUAAUCAUGAGCCUCAGAGUAUGCACCAUCUUGGCCAUGGGGACCUCAUUUUUUGGCUGCAUUCAGGCCACCUUUCUCACCACUCUCACCUUCCAGUUGCCCUACUGUGGCCCCAGGGAGGUGGACUAUUACUUCUGUGAUAUCCCAGUGAUGCUGAAGCUGGCUUGUGCAGAUACCUCAGCCCUGGAGAUGGUGGGGUUCAUCAGUGUGGGUCUCAUGCCCCUCAGCUGCUUCCUUCUCAUCCUCACCUCCUACAGCUGCAUUGUCUGCUCCAUUCUGCAGAUCCGCUCUGCUGAGGGCCGGCAUCGUGCCUUCUCCACCUGUAGUGCCCACCUCACUGCCAUUCUACUUUUCUACAUGCCUGUGGUCCUUAUCUAUUUAAGGCCAACCCCAAGCCCCUGGCUGGAUGCAACUGUUCAGGUCCUGAACAACCUGGUCACUCCCAUGCUGAACCCCUUGAUCUACAGCCUCAGGAAUAAGGAGGUGAAAUUAUCACUGAGGAAUGUACUACAUCAGCUGGGCUUCCUUCCUGAGAAGCUGUAGAGAGAGAGAGAGAGAUCAGUAACUUACCCUUCAUGCUUUACAGCUGACAAAAUACUUUUUUGUUGUUUAAAUUCUUUUAUUGGUUCAUUUUAGUUAUACAAUACAUUUACAUUUAUCAUUGGGUGCUUGUACCUGUACAUGAUGUAUCUUGGUUCUUAUUUUUUCCCCAUUACCUGUGCACCCUUACCCCGCUUCACCUUCAAAGGGAUAGGGAAAGUGGGAGGGGAAGGGGAAAGUAAAGAAGGGAACAGAAAAAUUAUGAGAAAAGAAAAAAAUGGGAACAAAGUCUAUGACAAAAUACUUUUAUUUUGUUCUCAUAAGUAUUUUAGAAUUUGAGAGCAAAAAUUGUAUUAUUAUUUCUACUUUAUGACAUGGGGACUGAGAUGUUCAGAGUUAGUGUGAUUUGUCCAGGGAUCUAUCGGCAACACAUGGUGGAAUGAAGACCACAGAGAUGGUUUUCUGAAACUGGGAUCAGUGUUUUCUUGUAGACAUCAUACUGAUGGAACGAGAACAGAAACUCUUGCUAGUAGGCAGAACAACCUUGACUUCCUGUCUCUCAGUUUUUAUUUUCUUCAUCCUCUUUCAUUGCUCCUCCUUUUCCACUCAAUCUAGUGCUUUUUCAUCUUGGCUAUAGAGAUGUCCUCUUCAGCAUCUGCAUUGACUAUGCUAUCAUUUUAUGGUUUCAAAGGUUGUGGAAAGAGUGAGAGAAGUAUAGCCCCAUGACUUCUAAUAGCAUCCUGUUACUUCUAAACCAUAAAGAAAUUGUAUGAAGAGAAAAACUUCUGGGUGUAACUUGAAAUAAGUCCCUCAUAUGUAGAGCAGAGGUACAAGUGUGCUGUAUUCCUUUCAAACCCUGCCUGUUGUAUUUAGACCUGAAAACAGGUUUGGGCUAUGACCGUGCAGCAUGUAUAUGAGCAUAUAAUUGAGAAGAGGGACUAGUUAGAGGGAAUUCAAUGAGAGUAGACUGUGCUGUGAUUCCAUAUCUUGUCUUCAUCAUACUCAGUACAAUGAGGAGUAAAUAUGGGGUCCAAACUCUUUUUCUUUUGUUUCUUUGGUUUCUUUAGUUACUGAAAUAACUUCACUUUGCUGUACCUUCCUGUAUUUCUUGAUUUUUUUGGCUGAAAUAUGCUAAACACAGGAAAUACCCCAUUUCAAUCCAGUGAGCUAUUACUUUCAUGAUUGAAUUCAUUAGGUAUCCUAUCAUGUGGCUGGGGAUUUAGCUCAGCGUUUGCAAGCACAACGUCCACAGUUUGAUCCCUGGUACCAAAAAAAGAAAAACAGAAUCCUAUCAUGCUUGGGAAUAUAGCAUCUAUGAAGUUUGUUCUUAGAAUGAUCUAGAGAGUAAGAGACUUUAGAAAGAAGCAGAUGAAAGAAGCAGAGAUAGAAGCAUAGACUGGCAAUUUUCUUCUAUCUCCUUGCUUCCAAAUCUAAGAGAUGCUGGAAGCUCACAUGGCUUCAGAGUCUGAAUUCUGUUUCUACCAGAACAGGAGCCCAGAAUGCCAAGCCAAGCCUGGGUUGAGUUUCAUUGUUGGAUAAUAUUUUUAUGGGUUCUGCAAUUAAGAGAGCAGCCUAAGAAGAUAAGGAGACCAUCCAGAAGAAUAUUUUAUCCACAGGGACCAUCAUUAUAAAGAUUCAAAGUUUAAGCAGAGGGAGGCCAGAGAAGAAAAAGAGUAUUAAACCAGAGAUUCAGAGGACAGUUUGGAGCUGAAUGAGCUAUGGCUGCAGCAUUUUCUCAGACACUUGCUUUAAGUAUGAUCUAAGAGAUACCCAAGAUCUGCACUAGGUGGAAUCCAGUUUUUAAAAAUAUAUUUUUGUUCACCUCAACAAUUUCUGCAACAUACCAUGAAACAUUCAGUCACAUUUUCCUUCAAUUUCCCACAUAAAUUUGUUACAGAAUCAGUGCCUGUUCUCAAUUUCAUCAAUGGAUUAGUUGUACAUAGGGCCCAGAGUGAAACUAUAAUGUAAUCAUCUAUGAAGAUGAUAUAGGGGGAAGAGAUGUAAUUCCCAAACCUACUAGAUAUCCAAAACAUGAGUUCCUGUUCUCUAAAAUUGAAGAGUGAAUUCCAGAAACAAUGGAGGUUAAGAAUAGGAAAAAUUUAUUGGGAGAAAGAAAGGU